ACAACACCUAAAAGCUUCACUACUCUCACAUCUUUCUGCUUCCUGUCCAGUGUCCACACACACACCGGACCCUUUCGCCAUCUCUAACUUUUUCAUCGAUCGAUCUGUUUUUUUCGACCUUGGCUUUCCUUCCCCCUUUUAAGCUUUGAUGCACACACACACCACACGCAGUCGUAAUGGACAGGCUCCACCUCUUGAUGUGAAGAUCUGUUGCAUUUCCAGUCUAGCUAGCAGUCUCGCUCACAUGUGGGAGGAACGCAUCCAGCAAGCGAAGAAGAUGAUGAAGAAGCAGUAACAGCGGCAGUACCACUAGAACUAGCUAGAUCUCCUCUCUUACUAGCUAGAAGCUUGUACAAACAGUGCACCACACAGAUGUUGCCGUACCCUAACAACCCUCACCAUUUCGGCGUCUCCCAAGAACUCCCACACCCAAACCCUACGGCCGGCUUCCCCAUGCCUCCACCGGGCGCGCAUCUGGAUCAGCGCUACUACGUGGACCAUCACUUCUUUCCCGGCCACGGUCACUGCUUCAACUCCGAGACUCUGGAGGCGGUGCUGAGGCCGGCGCGCGCUGCCCCAGAGUGCGACGAGGCCCUAGUAGUCACGGCGCCGCAGGCGGGUGGAAGAAGAAACGGUAGUCUGCCUGCCGCCGCCGCCGCCGGCCAGGGCCAGGGCCAGGGCCACGCCCGAGCGCGGAAGCGCCCGUUCCGGACGGACCGGCACAGCAAGAUCCGGACGGCGCAGGGCGUGCGCGACCGCCGGAUGCGGCUGUCCCUCGACGUCGCCCGCGACUUCUUCGCUCUGCAGGACCGGCUCGGCUUCGAUAAGGCCAGCAAGACGGUGGACUGGCUGCUCACCCAGUCCAAGCCGGCCAUCGAGCGGCUCGCCGCCGCCACCGAGCCCUCCCACCAGCGGAGCGACGACGCAGCUUUCUCACCCCCAACGUCAGGGGUGGCUGAUGUGUCAGCUGGUAAUAAGAGCGGAGGAGUUGCCGAGAAGUUGGGCCGCUCCAGAAGUGGGGGAUCCGCGUCCAUGGAGAUGGAGCGCGCCUGCGGGCUGGACCGCCUCGUGUCGGCCGCACCAGUGCUUCGUGAGUACUACUACGGCCUCAGCGAGAUGAUGAGCAACGACAACGGAGGAGAUGGCGACGACGACGGUGAGUACGAGGAAGACGGUGAUUUCCUGGACGGUAUGCAAUAUUAGUAUGGUACUACUAGUAGUAGCUUGCAUGGUUAAUUUCUACGUACCUAGUACACUAGUACCUCCAGUCCAGCUGCUGGCAGCUUACCUAGCUAGCUAGCUCUUUAUCUGGCAAUGCAAGCACUUCUUCACUAUCCUUAGUUCCUAGCUAGUAACUAGUAGUAUGCAUGUGUACUCCUUCCUUUAAGUUAAUGCUACUGGCAAAUGCUGUGUCAGAUGUUACUGAUCUUGUGCUUUGACGUUACUAAUCUAUCUUUUU